CUCAGUGAGACCGCACUAAAACAACCUCAGGAUCCGCAACAACACUCAUCGACCGUCAACCUUUUGACUAUUUCGACAGCCAAAAAAAAUUACUCCCACUUUGACUUCAUGAUAGGGCAGGACCACUGUUUAAAAAAUGAGUCUGGUUGCACCGAAUCCCCACACCUUGUGCAUGAUAUCCCCCAGCUAAGUUACAAGGUGUAACAUAAUAAUCUUCGCCUGUGUUUCCUCUUCUACAGAUUUUCUUCUCCUUCCUUGUAAUCCCUUUAUAUUUCUUACCAAAAUCUCAACCUCAAGUAAUAUACACCGCCACCGUCAGUAGCAGCGUAGCAUCACCACCGCAAUGGACCCGUGCCCUUUCGUUCGAAUUCUCGUAGGUAACUUGGCCAUGAAGUUACCAGCAUCCACUAAGCCAUCUCUCUCAAGAAUCCACCCUUCAUCCUCCCCAUGUCACUGCAAGAUCAAACUCGAUUACUUGCCUCACCAAGUCGCCGCCGUCCCUCUAAACCAGGACACCGAAGACGGAAACCAAAACCCAGAAGGCAACAAGUCCGUCGCUGCUUGCUUCACUCUGAACAAGGCUCUUCUCGACAAGACUAAUGCGAAGGGGUCAAAGUAUUUCAGGUUAAAAAUCGGGGUAUAUACUGAUUCUGAUUGGAGUUUAUGUGGAAUGGCGUCCGGAAAGUUAAUGGGGAAGGUUACUGUGCCGUUGGAUCUCACAGGAUUGGAAUCAAAGCCCUCAGUUUUUCACAAUGGGUGGGUUGCUAUUGGGGACGAUAAGAGCAAGAAGAAGGGUUCGUCGGCACAGUUGUUUCUGAGUGUUAGGGCUGAAUCCGACCCCAGAUUUGUUUUCCAGUUUGGUGGCGAGCCGGAAUGCAGUCCUCUAGUUUUUCAGGUUCUGGGGAGUAUUAAACAGGCGGUUUUCACUUGCAAGUUUGGAUACAGGAACUCCACUGAUCGAAAUUUGGGAUCAAGGCCAUCAACGGCGGAACCAAGCACUUCAAGGAAUUGGCUUUCCUCAAUAUUCAAAACAGAGAAAGGUCAAUUUUCAAGAGAGAGAAAGGGAUGGUCGGUUAUCAUCCACGAUCUCUCUGGUUCACCGGUUGCUAUGGCAUCAAUGGUGACCCCAUACGUUCCGUCCCCGGGCUCUAAUCGAGUCAGCCGCUCAAACCCAGGUGCAUGGUUGAUUCUCCGCCCUGGCGGUGGUACGUGGAAGCCCUGGGGCCGCCUCGAGACAUGGCGAGAGCCUGGUGGCUCUGACGCCGUUGGGUAUAGGUUUGAUCUCUUUCAGGAUGAUAUUGCCACCGCCACCACCAAGACCACCAUCGCCAGUUCUAGUGUCAGCACCAAAAAAGGUGGUGCCUUUACCAUUGAUAUGACUAGGAGUCAUAUGACCACCAACGUACGAACCCCCGUAAACAGCCCACAUGGCAGCUGCGAGUUAGGAUCUCGGUCGCGGCCAGGAUCGAGAUCCGGUUCUGGGACCUGGUCGGAAUUCGGGUUCGGUUUCUUGCAAUGUAGUUUAAAUGGUGGUUUUGUGAUGUCAUCGAAGGUGGACGGUGCGGGCAAGUGCAGCAAGCCAGAGGUGGAGGUCGGUGUGCGGCACGUGACGUGCACGGAGGACGCCGCAGCUUUUGUUGCACUGGCUGCCGCCAUGGAUUUGAGCAUGGAUGCGUGUCGGCCGUUCUCUGGAAAGCCGAGGAGAGAGUUAAGGCAUUAAAGUCAAAAUUUUAUCGUUUAAUGUGGAAGUUGUUGUCGUUUUGAGUCGUUUCUGAGUAGAUUAGUUUGUCUGGGCAGAUAACCAACAGCAGUUUUUGAGCUGGAUUUGUACAGAGCAGAAUGACAAAGCAUUCUUUUAUUAUUAUUAUUAUUAUUUUUGGUAAAUCUAUUUAUCCAUUUUAUUAAAAAUAUUUAUUGAUU